AUGACGAAACGAACGAGUCGAGAGAAAGUUGAGGGAGUGGAGGAGUCCGCGCUCGGAUGCUGUGCCCAUAGGGAGGAACGAGUCCCAGGCAGCGACGAAACAGCCCCCCAAAGUUCCCCUGGUCCCCCAAGUGCCUCCCGGCUCGAAGGAGGUCACUGCUCUUCCCUGAGAAAAGAAAGGACUGGAUGCCACCCAGAUUCGCCGGCGAUUCGAGAACGGCCGGAACCACGGCCGUACCAAGAGAUUCCGUGUUGCCCUGCUUUUGGCCCCCAGGCUCCGUUCGCAAGUAAACCAGGCGAACAAAAAGGACUGGAUGCCACCCAGAUUCGCCGGCGAUUCGAGAACGGCCGGAACCACGGCCGUACCAAGAGAUUCCGUGUUGCCCUGCUUUUGACCCCCAGGCUCCGUUCGCAAGCGGCGAUCCUGUUGGCGCUGUGGGCCGUCGUCGGCGGCACCCGAUCCCGCGGGUACGACGAUGCGCGACUCGCGCGAAGGUCCUACGGCGAUGGAAACCCGCGAAACAGAUACGCGAACAUCGGGAAUCCGUACAGCGUGGAAAACGACUACUCCCGAUACGAUAUAACCAGUAUGGGACUUCGCUGAUGCAUUCUUCGCUGA